GAUGGACAGCCGGCUGCUCGCGCUUGCUUUGCGUCAGGGCUGCCCUCAGUGGGGAGCGUAGCAGCAGCAGCAGCAGCAGCAGCAGGAGGAGGACUCCCGUGAAGCUCGGCUCUGUCUUCCAGGUUUUUAUCAUGCUCCGAGCGUUCAAAUGCACUGGUGGUAGGUUUGAGAGCCACCUUUCAAGGUGGCGGCAUUAUCACAAAUCUGUCCUGGCGAUCAGGAGGGAGGAUGUCAAUGCCUGGGAAAGAAGAGCCCCUCUGGCCCCACGGCACGUCAAGCUCCUAACCAACCUGGGAUACAAAGUUUUGGUGCAACCUUCCAAUCGAAGGUCCAUCCAUGAAAAAGACUACAUCAAAGCUGGAGGUAUUAUACAGGAAGAUAUUUCAGAGGCCUGCCUGAUUGUUGGCGUGAAGAGGUCUCCAGAAGAUAAGCUAAUUCCCAACAAGAACUAUGCAUUCUUCUCUCACACUAUUAAAGCUCAAGAGGCAAAUAUGUCCUUGCUGGAUGAGAUCCUAAGCAAGAACAUUCGGUUGAUCGAUUAUGAGAAAAUGGUGGAUCACCGAGGAGUGCGAGUCGUAGCCUUUGGGAAGUGGGCUGGCGUUGCAGGUAUGAUCAAUAUUUUACAUGGAAUGGGAUUGCGAUUUCUUGCUCUGGGACACCACACUCCUUUCAUGCACAUUGGCAUGGCCCAUAAUUACAGAAACAGCGGCCAGGCUGUGCAGGCAGUUCGGGAUGCUGGAUAUGAAAUUUCCCUAGGCUUGAUGCCAAAAUCUAUUGGACCCAUAACAUUUGUGUUUACAGGUACCGGUAAUGUCUCUAAGGGUGCUCAGGAAAUGUUUAAUGCACUGCCUUGUGAGUUUGUGGAGCCCCAUGAGCUAAAGGAGGUCUCUAGAACUGGAGACCUUCGAAAAGUGUACGGGACAGUGCUAAGUCGGCACCAUCAUCUUGUAAGGAAAAGUGACGGGGUGUAUGACCCCGUGGAAUAUGACAAGCAUCCAGAGUUCUACACGUCUCGAUUUAACACUGAUAUUGCGCCCUAUGCCACUUGUGUCAUAAACGGGAUCUACUGGGAGCAGCACACCCCGCGGUUGCUAAGCAGGCGGGACGCGCAGAGGCUCCUGACUCCCCUCCGACCAUCCGCUGCUGCUACGGAGGGCUGCCCUGAAUUGCCGCACAAACUUGUUGCGAUAUGUGACAUCUCAGCAGACACUGAAGGAUCUAUAGAAUUUAUGACCGAAUGUACAACGAUCGACAGUCCCUUCUGCAUGUAUGAUGCUGACCAGCACAUUAUCCAUGACAGCGUGGAGGGAUCUGGGAUUUUGAUGUGCUCAAUUGACAAUCUGCCAGCUCAGCUUCCUAUAGAAUCUACGGAAUGUUUUGGGGACAUGCUCUUUCCUUACAUCGAAGAAAUGCUGCUAUCUGAAGCCUCCGAGCCCCUUGAAAGCCAGAAUUACUCACCUGUAGUUAGAGAUGCAGUGAUUGCAUCGAAUGGUUCAUUGACUGAUAAGUAUAAAUAUAUCCAGAAACUGAGGGAGAGCAGGGAAUACACCCAGUCACUAACCAUGGAUAAGAAGAAGAAGAUCUUGAUACUUGGUUCUGGAUAUGUCUCUGGGCCUGUGAUUGAAUACCUCACAAGAGACCCUAAUGUUGAAAUAACAGCAGUUUCUUCGUUGGGCCUUUAUCCUAGAACAGCAUCUGUCAUGAAGAAGCAACUUGAGCAGCUGACAAAGAAACACAGCAGUGUUGUACCUGUCAUUGUGGAUGUCACUGAAGAUGAGGAGAGACUAUCGUCCAUGGUGAAGAAGCACAACCUUGUUAUUAGCUUACUGCCUUAUUCAUUCCAUCCUUUGGUUGCUAAGAAAUGCAUUGAGAGCAAAGUGAAUUUGGUGACUGCCAGUUACCUGACACCUGCUAUGAAAGAGCUGCAAGAGAGUGUAGAGGCAGCUGGCAUUACGGUUAUCAGUGAAAUAGGUUUGGAUCCUGGUCUUGAUCAUAUGCUGGCAAUGGAAUGCAUUGAUAAAGCGAAAGAAGUGGGUGCUACGGUUGUAUCCUAUACUUCGUUCUGUGGUGGCCUGCCUGCUCCAGAAUAUUCUGACAAUCCCCUGAGAUAUAAAUUCAGCUGGAGUCCGCAGGGGGUCCUGCUGAAUACAGUUCAACCUGCCACAUAUUUAAAAAAUGGAGAGAUUAUUAAUAUUCCAGCCGGAGGAGCUUUGCUUGAUUCUGUUACUGUCAUGGAUUUUUUCCCAGGAUUAAAUUUGGAAGGUUUUCCAAACAGGGACAGUACAAAAUACGCUGAACCAUAUGGUAUUCAAUCAGCUCACACUCUCCUAAGAGGAACUUUACGAUACAGGGGUUAUUCUAAAGCCAUAGGAGGCUUUGUGAAAUUGGGCCUUAUCAAUCCUGAACCAUGCCCUAUGCUUAGUGCGUCAGCACCUUCGAUAAACUGGAAAGAGCUAAUGUGCAAGUUACUUGGACUUCAGCCGUCUGCCGGAUCUGAUGAUCUCCGAGAUGUCAUCUACAGUAAAUUGGGCCAAGACGAAAGGCAGCUGGAGGCAGUGGAAUGGUUGGGUUUACUUGGAGAGGAGCCUGUUCCCAUAGCAGACACUAUAGUGGGUGCACUAGCCAAGCACAUGGAGGCCAAGCUAUCCUACGGCACUGGAGAGCGAGACAUGAUAGUUAUGAGAAAUGAAAUAGGAAUCAUGCAUCCGUCUGGCCAUUUGGAAGACAAGUAUGUCAGUCUUGUGGUGUAUGGUGAUGAUAAAGGAUAUUCUGCCAUGGCUAAAACUGUUGGGUAUCCCACGGCAAUUGCAGCAAAGAUGGUUCUUGAAGGGGAAAUUAACACCAAAGGCAUGGUCAUCCCUUUGACAAAGAAUAUAUAUGGACCAAUACUUAAACGCGUUCAGGCCGAAGGCAUUGUGUACAGCACCCAGAGCGUUAUCAAGCAAUAGAGGAGACUUUGUCUUUUUUUCUUUUUUUUUACUUGCCUGUACUUUUUGUGCUUGAAAAUGAUUAUCCAAAAACACCAUCCACUAGGAAAUCUCCCCUGUGCAAGACCCAUUGAAAUGGAUAGAAGCUGUGCAAAAGCAUUACUCUUCCCUUGCUUCGGCCUAUUCCAAUGAGGCUUGCACAAGAAAGCGUCCUGCUAGAUUAUACCACGUACCCUUUUAAAGACUGUAAUCCUAUCCACAAUUUCCUAGAAUUUCCCCAUUGAAAUCAGUGGGGACUGACCUCUGAGUAGCUUGCAUUGUAAAGGUACUUAUAAUGGACACAGGUGGACAAGAGGUCAUAAGAUGGUAUAGUAUUUGUCUUCUAUACCAGAGGACCUUUAUGUAGAACACAGGGCUCUUCAUUCUGUGCCAAAAUAUUUUCAGUUGUUUCCUGAAGUCUGCAAAAUUGCUGAGUGUGGUGAAUUCAAAGCUUCCUAUUUUUAAUAGAAUGUUCACCCUUAAAAUGUUGCAAGAAAAGGAUUUUUUUUUUAAAAAAAAAAAAUGUGUUAACCCUAUACAAACGACAUACUAAGCCAUGGUGGUUAAGCAUUUUGAACUAAACGUGUAGUGUGAACUAUGCCUAACAUGGUGGCUACAUUACCAUGGUUUAAACACACUCACUAACCAUUUGCUGCAAAAGGGUUAGUGGCCUAACCAUGGCUUAGUGUGUUGUCUGAAUUUGAGUCUAAAUUUGGAUACUUUCCCUCUUCCACUCAUUAUAUAUGUCAUCUUUCCCCAACCUGGUGCCCUCCACAGGUGUUGGGUCACAAUUCCAUCAUCCCAACCAACAUUUCAUGGUGGGAAUUGUACUGUACACAUCUGGAGGGCACCAGGUUAGGGAAGGGUGCUCUACAUUAUAACCAAAAGGGAAACUGUUUUUUAAUUUGCACUUCAGUACUGAGAAAAUCAUGUCAAUGACAUUCUUGAAUGUAUCAAGAUUAUGAAAAUAUGAUCUAGACAUUUCAAUAAUAUAUUAUACAUGAAAACAUGAAAAUAAUAUUCUCUGUUUUAUGUAAAAACCCAGUUUCACAUUUGCCAAAUUUUGUGUUGUUUGAUACUAUGUUUCAAUUUGCUGAAACAGUAAAAUCCAAACUGUUUACUUAGCUUUAGGAAAGUAGCCAAUUAUAGUCUGUAGGAUUCCCAGCUUUUCUCACUCUUUUGGCAUAUUCUCCUAUAUUCUCCAUUCAGCCAUGGAGCUUUAUCUGCUCCAUGGUUGGAAGGAGCAAUAUUAUUUUAGAUGCAGCUCUUGUACGUUCUUUCCUUUGAGUGAAAAUCCUAAGUGUGCUUGUUCGAUAACUGCCUUCCAAAUGGAUUUCACCCCCUAACAAUAAGAUGGGCAGUUGAGCCUACUGAGAUUGUCAGAUAUGUAGGAUGUAUUGGUUCCCCAGAGCUAAGUUGUAUGUAUGUUGGUUGCUUUAAAUGGAGACAUGCUGGAUAUGGCCAGACACCCAGUUCCUCUUUUUCCAGAUUACUCUGGACUGAGGAAAAGGUCAUUUUCCUCUAGGUAUGGAAGAGCCCUUCUGCUUUGGUAUAGAUCCAUUUGCAGGCAAUGUAGGGUGCAUGAGCAGAUGGGGAAAGAAGGCUAUUGAGUUUGUGGUUCCCAUAUGCAUGGCUAAACCACUUAGGGAUUUUAUUAUUUUAAACGGUUUUGCAAAUAAAUAAAUAAAAUAAACAUUGCUGCAAACACACGUGACUAAAAGAAAGUGAACAUGACCCAGAGUCUUAUGAUUGUCUAUGCCAAAAUAAUGUGCCUAAUACUUUUAAUCCAGGGUGGUGGUGACAAAAGUGUCCCCCUUUUGUCUUUUAAUAUAUUUGAAUAAAUUAAAGCUGAAAUUCUUAGACUCUGUUCUGUGUAAGAGUUGCCCAUAUUUCAGUGAUGGUUUCAGGGUGAGCAGUUGAAAAUAUUGCCAUAACAGCGUAAUCCUCCGCAUGUUUAGUCACAAGUAAGUCCUAGUCUGUUCAGUGGGGCUUUACUACCAGAUCAGUUUAUAGAAUUGCAGCCUUGAUAUUCCUGACUUCUAUUCUUUGAUUCUCAGUGCCAUAGAUGUGUGCAGAAUUUGGCUUCUAAAACUGGUCAAUUCUCAUGUCAAAACCAACUCAAUAAAGCAAUUUUCCUUCGCCUCUGGCAUGUUCUCUGAGAGGGUAAAUUCCCCCUACCCAAUAAUGUUUAAUUCUUAAAUUGGCUCUUUUUAGUGAUUAGUUGAAAACUUGCAUGAAAUCCUCAUUUCCUCCCUUUUCUUCUUUAUAAAUGUACAAAAUAUACCAAGCAAAUGAAUUAUAGACUGAAAUUGCUGUUGCCAAAAGCAUGGAGUAGCCACUGAGAAGAAACGUUAGGGAAGUGAUAAAGUAAAGGAGAUUCACUAAGAACAGCGAAGCUUAUAUUUAGACCAAUUUUCUGAAAGAAUCAGGGGGAUGCUUGCCUGGGAAUAUCAGUCGCAUUUCAUGUGACAAGUGGAGCUCGUUCCCCAAAGUCAAGGAACUUUCUUAAAAUAGAAAUGUUUGUUUGCAGAACAAAGGCAAAUAUAUUUACCGUAUUACGUCGAUUCUAAGACACACUUUUCCCCCCAAAUAAACAUCUCUAAAAACGGGGUGCGUCUUAGAAUCGCGGGUGCGUUUAUUAUUUCUUAGAAUCAAAGCUUUUUUUCUGCUGGUGGUUCUGAAAUUAGUGUGUGUCUUACAAUCGAUGGUGUCUUAUAAUCGAAGAAAUACGGUAUUUCAAUCUUUCUCCCUGUGUUCGUGUGGAAUAGUUCUGCGUGCAGGAAGGUGGAUGGAGUGGGGAGGAAGAAAUAGAGCAAGACUCACACUUCAGUCUGUUUGGUUUACCAGCUGAGUUUGCCCAGUGUGGCUCCUGGAACUCAGCUUGUACACCAGACCAGCUCAGCUGCUGACAGGCUUAGAUUUUGAGCCUGAGCACAGGCCCCGAGCCUCUUGAAUUGGCCAAAGGCUGACUGAAGGUGAAAAGUGUGGUGUAGUGGCUCAAGUGUUGGACUGGGAGCCAGGAGAUCCGGGUUCUAGUUCCGACUUGGCCAUGGAAACCCACUGGGUGACUCUGGGCCAGUCACAGACUCUCAGCCCAACCGACCUCACAGGGUUGUUGUUGUGAGGAUAAAAUGGAGAGGAGGAGGGUUAUGUACGCUGCCUUGGGUUCCUUUGAGGGGAAAAAGACAGGAUAUCAAUGUAAUAAUAAAUAAAACAAGACUUCUUCCCAACCUGCCUUGUAAACAAAAACACACACACAACAAAAACACUUCCUGUACUGUGUGAAGCUGGCUGAGGGAGGAAAAGAAAACUGUACAGAUUUAGGGCCCAACCCAGCAGACCUGCUACAGACUGGUGCAUUGCCGCCUGGGCUCCCACUUUUCCCUCAGUGUGGGACCUCAAAAUGCACUAGGAGAAACCUUUCUAUUGCUUAGUAAACAAACAGCUUUUGGGGUCUAAUGGGCUGUCAUGACUUUUAUUUUAGAGUACAACAAUAAAUUCCCAAUCCCCCUCAGCCGUCCUCCCACCCCGCCACUGCUUUGUCCCCGGUCCCCAAGCAGCAAUAGACCCUUCACUGAAGCUUUUCUUCUUUACCAUUUUUAAUAUUUCAAUUUUAUAAUAGCAAAGAGGAAGAACUGAAACCACAUCACCGGUUCCAGGGUCACUGAAAAACUGAAGCGGGUGUGCUUCUAGCAGACAGUUUUCUACUUCUGUCUAGUUUUUUAAAAUCAUUUUCUUAUAGAGGGCAAAAGAGUGUGUGUUAUGUAUUGCGUUGGGUUUAAAGAAAUCCAGUGCUUCUGGUAUGAUGUUAAAUAAAAGCUUUUGACUUAUUUC